UCCUGAAGGACAGCAURUUUGCAGCCUGUCAUCCAUUUGUCUCACCUGACAACUUCUACAAGGGCUGUGUCUAUGACAGCUGCCACGUGUCCAACCCAGCGGUGGAGUGCACCAGUCUGCAGACAUACGCUGCUGCCUGUGCCCAGUUUGGAGUAUGCAUCUACUGGAGAAACCACACCGAGCUCUGUGCUAGCGACUGCCCAGCUGACAAAGUCUACAAGCCCUGCGGUCCUGCAGAACAGCCAACCUGUGAUGACAAUCCAGACGAGUCUAGGAUGAACUUCACCACAGAAGGCUGCUUCUGUCCUGAUGGGAUGAAACUCUUCAACAAGGAAUCAGGGAUCUGUGUUGAUAAGUGUGGAUGCAUUGACCCUGAAGGUGUUCCGCGAGAGUUCAACGAGAGGUUUGAGUACAAGUGCCAGGAUUGCGUUUGUUUGGAGUCCACCAAGGCUGUGACCUGUAAACCCAAGGUCUGCUCCAAACCACCAGUAGAGAUAUGCACUGGGCCAGGCUUUGUAUAUGUCAACCAAACCGAUCCAUCCGAUCCAUGCUGCUCCAGCCUCGUCUGCCGUUGUGACAGCAGCACUUGCCCACCAACCAACAUGAACUGUCCUAUUGGGUUCGUGCCAGUGGUUUCAGUCCCGGAGGGGAAAAUGCUGUCCAGAGCACACAUGUGAGCCAAAAGAGUUUGUCUUCACAAAGGCAUUGAAUACCUGCCCAAUUCUAAAGUACCAGGAUCGGAGUGCCAGGAGUGCACCUGCACCAACAAAGUGGACCCCAAGACUGGUCAUUACCAAAUUGACUGUGGAUUCAUGCAAUGUGACGAAGAUUGUGAA